GGCCCGCCUACCAUGUUAACCGCAAAGACAGCCAUGUUGGCUUUCUUGGUGGAGAAGCUCUUCACCUUCCCAACCCAAGAUUUUUGUUCUUUUCCCCUCUUCGUUCUCGGUGCCACUGCAAACUCACAAAGCGCACCGUUCAUUGCACCUCUCUCUCUCUCUCUCCACACUCUGUUUCUCUCUCUGCCGCAGUAAAUUUCUGGUGGUGGCUCUGCACAUUCUAACGACCGAAAUCACAGCUUGACCCGUCGUGUGCAAAUUCGUGGUCGUUUUCUUUCCGGGAUUUUAAGGUUUCAUUCUGAUUUCACGAGCUUGUCUGCUUAUAUGAUAAGCAGGCUCUGUUUUUCUGCAAAAACAAUUAAUUUUAUCAGAUUUGGGGUGGAAUUGUUCUUUUCGAAUUAAUGGUUAUCAAGUUCUGGUGCCUGGGAUGAAAGCUGCAUUUGGAGAAGUGCAUUGUUGUUGUGUAACUAAAGUGAGUCGAUGUACAUUUCAACAAUAAACAAGGGUGUCGAGAAGUUUUCGCAGUUGGCAUUUCGUAAGACUUUCGAGGGGUUUGCUUGUUGGAUUGCAGGAUGGGAAGGGUUAAGUUAAAGAUAAAGAAAUUAGAGAGCAGUGGUAACCGGCAGGUUACGUUUUCAAAACGGAGAAAUGGAAUCUUGAAGAAAGCUAAGGAGUUGUCAAUCUUAUGUGAUGUAGAUAUUGUCCUUCUCAUGUUUUCCCCCACUGGAAGGCCUACGAUAUUCCAAGGGGACCGCAGUAAUUUUGAAGAGAUUGUUUCGAAGUUUGCACAGUUAACUCCACAGGAGAGGGCAAAGAGGAAAUUGGAGAGCCUCGAAGUACUGAAAAAAACUUUUAAGAAGUUGGAUCAUGACGUUAACGUACAAGAUUUCAUGAGUUCAAGCUCUCAGACAGUUCAGGAUCUGACUCAUCAAGUAACGGUAUUGCAAACCCAACUUUCAGAACUCCAUAAGAAACUGAGCUUUUGGAGCGACCCAGAUAAGGUUGACAAUCUUGAACAGCUUAGGCAGAUGGAAGACAUGCUUAAGGAAUCAAUCAACCGAACCUGUCUAUGCAAGUUUCAAAAUGGAAUGCCUUCGUCUUUAUUAGUUGGUGGUGGUAUGCAAGAAGCUCAACCUAUAACUUGGCUUUUCAAUGGCAACAAUCAACAUAUGAUAUUCCCGAAUGAGCCGAACUAUCUUCCACAUAGAGGUUUGGAGUGCUCUACAAAUGCCACUGUUCCACAUUAUACUAGUUACUUUGGCACUGGGACGAGCACUAGCCCUAGCACCAGCAAACAAUCUGAGGUCGGUGAUCCAGUACAACUAGAUCCUAUGGGACAAAUUUCUAAUAUGGAAGGAGGCGGUGGCUUAAAUGAGUUUGACAUUAAUGCUUGUUUAAGUACGGAACCUGGUAAGCAUUAUGCUUAUCCAUCAUAUUGUAGUUCUUACGUGCCAGACGAUCAGAAAUUGAAGCAUGAAAUGGAAAAGAACGUACCAGCAAAUCCGGUGGACUAUCAGCUAAGUAGCAACUUUGAACUGCCAACAUCUUUGUAUGAAACUGAUCAGCAUGCUUGGCUUUCUUCAUCUGGGCCUAGCGGCAUUGCUGUGUACAAGGAGAAUACCUACCAACCGCAACCAAACGUGAGAUUGUAGCUGACAAAAUGUUGGAAGGAUUUACGGGAGCCACAUACCGAGCAAAUGAUAUGAGUUGGAAAUCUAAAGAGUAAUCCAAGAUAUGUAUUGAUGCUAAUAGGCUACUUGGGGGAUUAGACUAAAUCUGUGUGUGUGUGUGUGUGUGUAUUGUACAAGACAUAUAGAAUUAUGGUUCAUCUGUAUACUAACAUCGUUGGGUUCCUUAAUUCAGAGCAUCCACCACUUUUGUAAACUAUUACUCAUAGAAAAUGAAAGCAAACAUGAUGGAUUGCUUGA